UAUAAAUUGAUUCCAGUUGCACUGUUAAACAUUGAUCAAGAUGUCUACCUACGUACUCGUUCUCAGCUGUCUAUUGGCUUUGGCCAGUGCAGGACCCUUAGCGACUCCCAAAGAGCCGAUAUGGAGUGCCUCCAUCGAUCUCAACGCUCCGCGACAGGCUCAAACUCGUGUAGUGGGUGGUGCAAACGCCAGAGUCGGACAGUUUCCUCACCAAGUGUCUCUUCAGUUCGGACCCAAUCCUUAUCAGUUGAGUCACUUUUGCGGUGGCACGAUCCUCAGUGAACGAGUAGUUUUGACUGCUGGUCAUUGCGUUGCCGCUCUACCACCUCAAGGCGGUGUUUUCGUCGUUAAAGCUGGCAAGAAUAAUGUGCUCGCCCAUGAGUCCAAUGAGCAGACCGUCAGAGUCAAGCUUAUGGUCACUCACGAGCUUUACCAAGGUGGUGUGGCUCCGUACGACAUUUCCCUGCUGUUUUUGGAAUCGCCACUCCAAUUCAACAACUGCGUCGCUCCCAUUGCUCUGCCAAAAGCAGGAGUCGAGCCAUCUGGCGAAGUCGAACUUUCGGGUUGGGGCUCAACCUCGAGGACGCAACAGACGAUCCUACCCGCUAUUCUCCAGUACGUCAAGCUUCCAGUGCUCGACAUCCAAACUUGCGCUAGGGCCAUAAACGCAAUGUCCAGAGGUGCUCGAUCGCCGCUACACACGACCAACGUUUGCACUGGCCCACUUGGCGGUGGUGCUGGCGCCUGCAGAGGAGAUUCCGGCGGCCCCUUAAUAUCGAGACAAAACGGACACGCCGAAGUCGUCGGCGUCGUUUCCUGGGGAUUCGUGCCUUGCGGAGGCUACGGUGCACCGUCGGUAUUCGUGAAAGUUGCCGACUUCGUUGAUUGGAUCAAUGAGAACAUCGCUAAAUACGCUAAUUACGUAUAAAAAUCGACGUGUAGUGUACAUUCCAUUCGCGCAUCAAUGUUUAAAUAAUUUCACCUCAUUCAUCGGCACGUAAACGUUA